AUGAGCAGCCAGCCCGAUCCAGAUAAGGUUUCGCCUUCCGAAGCCGGCGCUGCCCAACUCCAACAAGAUGCGCCGGCCCCGUCCACGACGACGGCGGCUGCCGAGCCCACCUUUUCGGAAGGCACUGCAGCAGCCUCCGAAGAUGGCUCCAAGGGGAACCCCGAAAAGCGCGACGACAAGGUCACGCCUAACGUCAGCGCUCGCCCUGAGCGCGAGGCAUCCUUCAAGGACUACCUCCGCGUCUUUUCCUACGCCAAGAAGUUUGACUACGCCUUGAUGGUCGCAGCCGCGAUUGCCUCUAUCGGUGCAGGAACCUUCUGCUUCCGCCUGAUUGGAAUAAGAAUGUCUGCCGCAAUCCGCCUAGACUUCUUGGAGGCCCUGUUUGCUCAGUCCAUCCAUGUGCUGGACUCGAUGCCCUCGGGCUCCGCAGCUGGAACGAUCACGGGCACAGCCAACACGCUGCAGCUAGGCAUUUCGGAGAAGCUGGGGACCUUUUUGGAGUUCACGUCAUUGAUUGUUACCGCGUUGAUCGUGGCAAUGACUUGGUCUUGGGAACUGACCCUGAUCACCUCUACAGUGAUCUUCUUCCUAGGAUUGGUCAUCGGUACCAUACUUCCCUUCAUUAUCAAGAGGACCUCGAAGCAAACAAAAGCCGAGGCAAAGGCAACAUCUGUGGCCAGCGAGGCCUUCAACAGCAUUAGAAUGGUGACGGCCUGUGGCGCCCAGGAACGCAUUGGCCUGCGAUACUCUGAAUGGGUGCACAAGGCCAAGCAGUUUGGACAGUCCACGACUCCCUUGCUGGCAAUCCAGUUCGGUCUCGUCUUCUUUGCUAUAUAUGCAGCCUUCUCCCUUGCGUUUUGGUACGGCACGACAAGGAUGGCCCCAGCGGGACGCGUCAAUGACGCAGGCACGAUUAUCAUUGUGCUGAUGUCCGUCAUGAUGAUGAUCUUCUCCAUCGAGCGCGUGUCAGCCCCUUUAAUUGCAGCCUCCAAAGCUAUGGUAGCCGCGACCGAGUUCUUCGUCGUAAUCGACGCGCCCCGUCCUAACCCCGGAACGAUUAGAGAACCACAGGUGUCGGCCACCGAGGACAUUUCUUUCUCGGGCGUUACCUUUGCCUACCCAUCUAGGCCUCACGUCAAGGUGUUGGACGACCUAAGCCUCACGUUCCCGGCCGGCAAGGUAACAGCCAUCGUGGGCCCCUCUGGAUCUGGCAAGUCCACGAUCGUGGGCUUGAUUGAGAGGUGGUAUAGCCUGAAGCAGGGGCAUGUUUUGGCAAAGACAGUUGCUCAGGACAAGUCCAAGGAGAACAAUAAGAAGAAGAAGAAGAAGGAUGACAAGGAUGGCAAAUCCAAGAGGAAAUCAUCCGACGGCUUGGACGAUGAUGACAAUGAAGAGAAAACCAGCCCGGCUCCAGAGGAGACCGGAGAUCCUAUCCAGCUCCAAGGGGAGGUGUCAACAUGCGGUCGCAACCUGGAUGACAUCAACGUCAAAUGGUGGAGGUCCCAGAUUGGGCUGGUGCAGCAAGAGCCAUUCCUCUUCAACGACACAAUCGAGAAAAAUGUCAUGUACGGACUUAUUGGUUCCGAGUUUGAGAACGAAUCCGAGGAGCGCAAAAAGGAACUGUGCCGUGAGGCAUGCGCUGAGGCUUUUGCGGACGAGUUCAUUGACAGGCUACCUGACGGCUACCAAACGCAGGUGGGAGACUCGGGAACAAAAUUAUCCGGCGGACAGAGGCAACGAAUUGCGAUUGCUCGUAGCAUAGUCAAGCGGCCCAAGAUCCUCAUCCUGGACGAGGCCACCAGCGCCAUUGAUGUUCGGGGAGAGCGUAUCGUACAAGCGGCGCUGGAAAAGGCAUCGCAGAACCGUACCACGAUCACCAUUGCCCACAGACUCUCUACAAUCAAGUCGGCAGACAAGAUCAUAGUCAUGAGGAACGGGAAGGCGGUUGAACAAGGCACACACGAGUCUCUGCUCAAGGAUGAACAGGGCGUCUACUACGGCCUUGUGAAUGCGCAACAGCUGUCUCUGGGUGAAGAAACUAGCGACAACGAUGGGAUCGAGGAUAGUCUCGAGGAAAGGCUGGCCAGAGAAAAGUCUGCAGUGCUGUCCGAGAAUGAAGAGGCAACCAUGGCUCCAGGAUGGAAGAAACGUGGUCUUUUCAACAGCUUCGGCAGGCUGUUGGGAGAGCAAAAGUCCCGAUGGCCUGUCUACGGCAUAUCGGUUGCUGCAGCCAUGAUUUCCGGCGCAGUCGUGCCACUUCAGGCGUUCUUAUUUGCCAAGUUGAUUGCCGUCUUUCAGAACCCGAACCUAGACAGGUACAUGUCGGAUGGCGCCUUCUACUCACUGAUGUGGUUUGUGCUGGCGGUGGCUAACGGCUUUGGCUACUUUUUCCUUGCCUAUUCUGCCAUCCACCUUCAACACUUUAUAUGUGCCGUCUACAGGCAACAGUACUUCCAGUCGUUGCUCUAUCAAAAGAUUGGAUUUUUCGACGAGGAGCCCAAUUCGACGGGGUCCUUGACGGCAAGGGUAGCAGGCGAUCCUAAACAGCUCGAAGAGCUUCUCGGAGUCAACAUGGCAAUGGUCUACACUGCGGUCUUUGGCCUCCUUGGUGCGCUUGCCAUUGCUUUCGCCCACAGCUGGAAACUCGCUCUUGUUGCUCUUUGCGUGACAGUCCCGCUUGGACUAAGUGCGGGCUAUUUCCGCUUCAAAUAUGAGCUCGACUUCGAAAAGAUGUAUGCAGAGGUAUUUGCAGAGUCAAGCAAAUGGGCGUCAGAAAGUAUAGGGGCUUUCAGAACGGUUUCGGCACUGACUUUAGAGGACGUUAUAACGUCCCGCUACUCGACCCUUCUCUCACACCAUGUCACCAAAGCCUACCUGAAAGCGAGGUUCACAACCCUGAUCUUUGCGCUGAGCGACUCGAUCAGCCUUGCUUGCCAGGCUCUUGUCUUCUGGUACGGUGGCCAGCUGAUCCUCAGGGGCGAGAUAGACAUCGUCCAGUUUUUUGUCUGCUACUUGGCCGUCAUCAACGGAGCCGAAGCUGCUGGCAACGGCUUGAGUUUCGGCCCCAACGCCGCGCAGGCUGCUGCUGCAUCCAACAGGAUCCUUAGCAUUAGGGACUCGGUGGAGAAGGAUUUGAACAACACGAAAAACUCCAAGUCGGUGCCUGGUGCCGAGAAUGGCGUCGAAAUACAGUUUCGGGACGUGUCUUUCAAGUAUCCCACCCGGAAUGUGAAUGUAUUGAAGGACUUGAAUCUGACAAUUGGCAAGGGUCAAUUUGUGGCCUUGGUCGGCGCAUCUGGUUCGGGCAAAACCUCCGUCAUCUCACUCUUGGAACGCUUUUACGAUGUCGCCAAGGGUGAAAUCCUCUUCAAUGGUGUACCCAUCACCGACGUCAACGUGUUCGAAUACCGCAAGCUCAUGUCACUGGUCGCCCAGGAGGCAACGCUCUUCCAGGGCUCCAUCAAGGACAACAUCUUGAUCGGCGUCGACCCGACGACCGUAACCGAGGCCCAACUGCACGACGUCUGCCGCGACGCCUCCAUCCACGACUUUAUCGUCUCGCUCCCAGACGGCUAUGACACCGACAUUGGUUCCAAGGGCGUCUCGCUCUCAGGCGGCCAGAAGCAGCGCGUUGCCAUUGCCCGCGCCUUAAUUCGCAACCCCCGUGUGCUUCUCCUCGACGAGGCCACCUCGUCCCUCGACUCGGACACGGAGAAGCUCAUCCAAGCCACCUUUGACCGCGUGUCCAAGGGCCGCACCACCAUCGCCGUCGCCCACCGCCUCGCCACCAUACAGAACGCUGAUUUAAUCUACGUCCUGGGCGAGGGCAGGGUGCUUGAGCAGGGUAGCCACGCCGAGCUGCUCAAGAAGCGCGGUGUCUACUGGCACAUGUGCCAGAGCCAGGCUCUGGACAGGUGA